ACACUACAUACUAGAAAAGCUUAUAAUAAUGUAUAGUUGAAGAAAUCUGCAAAAUUUUGUAACAUUAGACAAGACACAUUCUUUUGGACUCGAGCUGCAAUCUUCAAGGUACAAGAGAAGUGGUUAUAUGAUGCUGCUGGGGCAAAGUAUAGUGGAAAGGCUAAGGCCCAUAGUGGGACCAAAGAAUUGGGAUUAUUGUGUGUGUUGGAAGAUGAGUGAAGAUCAGAGGUUUCUUGAGUGGAUGUGUUGCUGCUGUGCUGGCGCUACUGAUGGGGCCCACAAUUGCGACGAAGAGUUUCUUUACCCAGCUUGUUCUUCUUCUUCAUCUUCUUCUUUACCUUGCAGAGAUGUCAUAAAUCAGCAUCCCCGGACUAAAUCUUGCGAUUUACUGUCACUAUUGCCCACCUCCUUCAUUCUCGAUUCUGGGUACUAUCUGUAUCUUUUUUUUUUUUAUUUAAAUUCAAUCGCUUAAGAUUGAAAACUAAAAUCUCCAAUCGGGUACUAUCUAUACCUAUGUCUAUAUAUAUAUCUAUACCUAUAUCUAUAUUUAUAACUAUAUCUAUAUAUGAUUCAAAUUAGAAAGAAACGUAAUGCCCAGUUUACCCAAGGUUAAUUUGACGAUACUACUGAAUCUACUGAAUUUUCUAUAAGGGUGUAUGCACAAGCAAUUGUAUCAAACCAACCAAAAUGGUUGAAUUUCUCACAGCUCUUAGAAUCAAAUGAUUCUAAUGAAAUAAUUGGGACCCGUGUGUUGAUCCCACAACCAGUUGGACUAAUUGAGCUAUUUACUGCAAAACUGGUGCCUGAAGAUCAACAAGUGAUAGACUUUGUCUCAGGUACAUGCAGCAUAUACUUGGAUCAGCAAGCAUGCAUGAUGAUGAACUCAAGUGGUGGCAUUCUAGCCAAUGGUCAUAAUAACGGAGGGGAUAAUGAUCAAAUGGACGAUCCUCACCAUCUCUUCUCGCCUUCCUCCUCAAAUCUAUCUUCUCUGCCUAUGAGUUUUCUCCCACAGAUGAGUAGUUCUAGCAUGUUAAUGCAGAACACGGGUGAAUUGAAUGGCUUCAGGAUGGAGAGUGGAUUAGAUAAUGAGAUGGAUGUGGUGGUGGUGCAGAAGCAAAUGAUGAUGGAGAAAAAAGAUGAAGGAGGACUUGAAGAUGAAUCAUCAUAUAACAGACAGGAAAAUGGUCAGUCACACUCCAUAUCCGAUAGUGAUCAGAAUGAGGAAGAAGAUGAUGGAAAGUACAGGAGGAGGAGUGGGAAGGGUAAUCAAUCCAAGAACCUUGUGGCUGAGAGGAAGAGAAGGAAGAAACUUAACGAAAGGCUCUACGCUCUUCGUGCCUUGGUCCCAAACAUUUCCAAGUUGGAUAGAGCUUCCAUACUCGGAGAUGCAAUAGAGUAUGUGAUGGAGUUGCAAAAGGAGGCAACAGAUCUUCAAAAUGAGCUAGAAUUGAACUCUGAUGAUGAUGAGGAAGCAGCAGGAGGUAGAAAGCGAAACAAUCUAAGCAGAACAGAAGACAGGAAUGGGAUUCCCCGGGUCCUGAAAUCUGAACGAGAAAAACUUUCUUCAGUUCUUGAAUCAGAGAAAACAGAUGACAAAGUCCAACAAAUGGAGCCUCAAGUGGAAGUAGCACAGCUGGAUGGGAGUGAGUUUCUGGUGAAGGUGUUCUGUGAACACAAGCCGGGUGGAUUUGUGAGGUUGAUGGAAGCUCUGGAUUCUCUAGGCCUGGAGGUCACAAAUGUGAACACCACACGACACACCUGUCUAGUGUCAAACAACUUCAAAGUUGAGAAAAGGGAUAGCGAACUGGUACAAGCGGAUCACGUUCGGGAGUCCCUAUUGGAGCUGACGCGAAGCACUGCUGGGAGAGGGUGGCCUUCGGAGAUGGGUAGAGGGGGUCUGGAGAGCAGCGAUCUCGGCGGCGGAAUGGAACAGAACCACCACCACCGGCAGCACCACCUCAACCACCAUCUUCACCACCAGCUCAACAAUUCCCACCACCUCCAUCACCUGCAUAACUAAACCAGAAGGGGCUGAAUGCCCAUUUCUGUACGACGAUGUCAUAACAAAGUUUGAACCAUAAUAAUUCAGACUUCCAAGCAACAUAUUGGAGUCUGGUUUAGCCAUUCAAAAAUUAAUAAUAUUAAGGCAAUUUUUCCAACUGCUCCGAUGAUUUCAUGAAGAAAAGAAAAUGAGAUAAAAUGAACAUUUUUUACCAUCCAACUUUAAAUUAAACGGCUUGUAAGAUGGAAAGAAUCAACUCUGCAGCACUCUGGAUCAAACUCAGUCGGCAUAAUACAUACUCCCUUUGUAUAAGUUGCCACUUUUCUUAUUUGGAAAGUUUUCAUUUCCUUAAAUGGAAAGUUAUCUACAUCAAAACAGUGCAAAAUAGUGUCAAACAAUGUCGAAACAAUGGGACGGAAGGUAAAAUUUACCCCUGGUAAGUUUACUUGCAUAAAAGUGUGUGAAAGUCACAUGAGGAACUUCUUUCGGGGACGGAAGGAGUAAUUAAGAUUUUGAGUUCUAACUUUUAAUGACACCUUACUCGGAUUUGGGAUGUGAACGUUAAAAGUUUGCACCACGAACAAACAACUUUAUUGUUCAAUCCCCUUGGAAAGUGAAAACAUUUUGCAGGGGUCAGCAAAAACCUUUAUUGGAUUACAGUAUACAGAUUAAAACUCGUGCCAUUUCUUGCUCCCCAAAUGAAGAAAAUACCUUGAUCACCUCAGUAUUCAUGGAAUAAAACUUGAUCCAACCAAAAUACUAUAUGCGGUAGAUAACUUUUACAGAGAGCACUUCUCCUGAUUUUGUUACAAGAGGGACAGGUUAUAAAACUAAUGAAUUUAUAGAGUUUUAUUCAAGAAUAAAUUACGCAAAAUUUAUUAUGACAUAAAUAUUACUCUAUCAAAUUUGGUAUGAGAUUUUUCCAGUGAGAUGGAUAAAAAAGUGAUCAUUUUAACUGUACAAAGGGAGGGCAUGCUUUUCUAACAUGUUGUUGCUUUUGAUGUGUUUCGCGGAGGAUACUAUUAUUCCUUUUUAUUCUCUUUGUUUUGUUUUUUUAUUUAGAAUCUGUCAUGUUAUUAUUUGUUUCUGUUUCGUUCAAAACUUUGAAGAGUAGGAUGAGCGAUGAGGGUUUCUUUUCGCUCACUGUCGGCUCAGUUGUGCCCAUGAUAAGAUCUACAAAUUUUAUUGCUUAUCUGCUUCUGUGAAGGUAAUAAACUUCAAGUCUGGUUCAAAGGUUAGUGAUCUGGAUGCGACUCUUUGUCACUCUGUUACUUAUCUGAACUCUAAUUUCUUGAUAAUAUAAAUCACUCUUCCCAAAAGAAAUUGUACAAGGGAGAGAGUGGUUUUUAAACGGCAUCAAGUUCAGUAAAAGUGAUGGAAUUAGUAUGUUUUAAGAGGUUCAAUAUUCUUUUUCAUGCUCCGUUGAGGUAGUAUGUCUACGGGUACUUCGAAGUUUAUACUAAAAGCAUUUCCAAAAGGGAUAAUUUGAGUUUGCACUUCAUAUUAUUAUCUAAAUUGGACUUUGCACACUAUUUUAAAGAAUCUUUGUUUUUACACACCAAUCCCAUAUGAAAAGACAAAAUGCCCUCAAUCAGGAAUAUGUUGAAGGUUAACAAUAUUGUUAAUGUAGGGGCAAUUUUGUCUUUUCAUAUGGUGUUGGGGUGAAAAAACAAAGAAUUUUAAAAAUAUGGUGCAAAGUCCAAUUUAGAUAAUAAUUUGGGGUGCAUGAAUGCUUUUUAGAUGAACAGCCCAACAUAUCAAAGAAUCCAAUUCUCAAGCCUAUUUAGCCCAACAUGUUUUUCAUUUAAUGAAACCAAAAAAAGCUCUAAUGGCGGCCCAGAACGGUAACUUUCUGCCUCCGUUGUUUUCCAGCCUUUAAGUCAAGCACGCCAUCUCCGGCCUCCAAGCUAAUCUAAUUGUACGAAACAUUAAAACCCUAGCAGAAACCCCUCAUCUCCACACUCGGAUUCAGAAAUCUACAUAUUAUUAUAGGAGAAAAGUAAUGGCAGGAGGAAGGUUUAAACAAUUGUUCAAGAAGUACGGAAAGGUAGCAUUGGGGGUUCACUUUUCAGUUUCGGCCGCUUCCAUCACCGGUCUCUAUAUCGCCGUCAAGAGCAAUGUUGACGUCGAGUCCAUGAUCGAGAGAGUCGGCCUAUUUAAACCCAAAGAAGAAGAACUGCCGCCUCAAAAUCCGGAGUUGAUCGGCGACGAUCCGGCUGCUCAGCCGAAGGCGAGGAAUCGGACUGCUGAGUUGGCGGCUUCCAGCGGCGGCGCCAUCGCUCUUGCGGUGCUGCUCAAUAAGGCCCUCUUCCCUGUUCGGGUCCCGAUAACUAUAGCUCUCACUCCCCCAGUCGCCAGGUUCCUUGCAAAGCGGAACAUUUUUAAGAGCUCUGUAUGAAAAUUUUGUUUGUAUCAUCUAUUUUGAUCUUCUCAAUCGCUGAAAGCUAUCUAUUUGUUCGUUGCAGAUUUUUUAGCUUGUACUGAAUACUGAUAGAUGCUAAGAACAUAAUCCAUUUUGAUUAAAGAAGAAAUUCCCCAUUGCAACUAUUUGAACAGUGAUGAUAUACAUAAGC